AUGGGGCCGCGAUGUCUCGCGAAAGUAAUAGCGACAUUGUUAAUUACGAUAAUGUGUGCGACAAUAGCGCGUUCAAGUUGUCGAGAAACAAAAUUAGCUCGCGACUGUGAAGCACUUUGUAAUUUAGCAGCAUCAAGGCUAAAAGCACUGAAAAUCCUUCCGAACUGGUUAGAAUUAAAACUACUCCCAAAAGAUGACCACUGCGACGCAACAUAUGCUCAAAUAGCAGCAAUUGAUAGUUAUGCCGAGUGUGUGCAUCUAUUUUUUGGUCCAGCUUGCGACUACUGUGUUGCUAAUGUCGGAAGAGUCGCUAAAUUUUUGAAUGCGCCGCUGAUCACAACCGGUGGAUUCACAUUUGAUUUCACCGAAAGUAAAAUAGUUUGCUCGGAUGAAUAUUUUAUGACCACGCGGAUCGGCACUCUCUCAUUCCGUGAUAUGAGUAAUGUUUUUGUCUCUGUCAUGGAUAGGUACAAUUGGAAAAAAGUUCACUUGGUUUAUGAUCCAAGUGGUCAGAGGAAAAUAGCCGGCAGGCAUACGUGCCAGUUGAUGAUGAAGUCAAUGGUACAGUUCAUCAAAUUGCGCGGUGAUAUUACGUUCGGGAAUUUCGACAUCGAGGGGAUGAACACUGAAGAAUACCGCGAGUCACUGAAAACUAAUGUCGGAAAUAACUACGCCGGUGAGUCGAAUAUAUUAUUUUUAUUUUAA